UCAGGUGCUUUCUCAUGCCCCUCUCUCUAUAAAUAAACAUAGAAGGUGGCUGGUGGAACCUAAUAAUUAAGCAACAACAUCAUAUCUUUGUGCCUUGUUACUCAUUUUCUUGGUUCAAAGAGAGAUGGAAUCUCAAAAUACAAACCAAGAGAAAGAAGGGGUAGUUGGUCGAGUAUUGGCCUUGCCAAAAGUUGUUAAGGAGAAGGUGUUGGGCAUUUCUAGGUUAACAAAAGAGAUAGCAAAAGAUGAUCCUAGAAAAGUGAUUCAUUCAAUAAAAGUGGGUCUUUCAAUCUCGAUGGUGUCUCUAUUUUAUUACUACCAGCCAUUAUAUGAAAAUUUUGGUCUUUCAGCAAUGUGGGCUGUGAUAACUGUAGUAGUGGUUUUCGAUUACACAGUCGGAGCCACUUUAGGACAAGGUUUGAAUUGGACAGUUGGAACGUUUGGAGCUGCUGCUCUAGGUUUUGGGGCUCAUCACUUAGCUAGCCUAUCUGGAGCAACAGCGGAACCCAUAUUGAUUGGCGUGUUUGUCUUCAUGCUAGCUGCCAUAACAUCAUUUAUAAGGUUUUUUCCGAAAGCGAAAGCAAGAUAUGAUUACGGGAUACUUAUAUUCAUCGUGACAUUUUCUUUUAUAUCCGUGUCUGGUUUUCGAGACAAUGAGGUGUUGGAAAUGGUACAUAAGAGACUAUCAACAACUGUUAUAGGGGGUUCGGCUUGUGUGAUGAUUUCCAUUUUUAUUUGUCCUGUGUGGGCCGGCGAAGAGUUCCAUUAUUCCAUCGCCAACAAGUUGGAAAUACUUGGCGACUACUUAGAAGCUUUUGCACAUGAAUACUUCAAGAUAUCAAAAGAAGGAGAAUUUAAAGACAACAAAGGAGAUUCUACAGACAAGUCGGUUUUAGAAGGUUAUAAAAAUGUUCUAAAUUCUAAAAGUAGCGAUGAAUAUCUGGUUAAUUUUGCAAGAUGGGAGCCAGGGCAUGGAAAGUUCAAAUUUCGUCAUCCUUGGGACCUAUACCUCCAAAUUGGUGCCAUUUCUCGUGAGUGUGCAUAUCAAAUGGAAACUCUGAAUGCACACCUUAGUUUUGACGUCCAAGGAUCCUCCAAAAUUCGUUGUACAAUCCAAGAGCUUUGUUUAGAAAUGAGUUUGGAAUCUAGCAAAGUGUUGCAGGAGCUAGGAUCAUCAAUCAAAACAAUGACUAUGUCAUCUUCUUCAAAUACCCAUGUUGCAAAUGCAAAAGUUGUAGUGAAGAGCCUUAAGUCAUUGCUCCAAUCAAGUUCAUCAAAAGAAAUAGACCUUUUAUCACUUAUAUCAAUUAUGACAAUGACUUCAUUACUGAUUGAUAUUGUUGAAUUUAUAGAGAAAAUAGCAGAUUUAGUUAAUGAUCUUGCCACCAUUACACAUUUUCAUAUUGAUGAUACAAGCAAAUCUCCAAAACCAAAAUCAUCACAAUCUCCACACUAUGAUUGUGCUGAAUCGGGUAACAAGACUAAUAACCUCCAACUUAUUAUUCUAGUUGAGGAGUCAACGCUUGCUGUGUCAGAGAGUGAAAAAUCAAUCAUAGUUUGACAAUUCAUAUACAUGUAGGAUUGUAAUAUCCAUCAUUGUUUCAACCUUGGAUCAAAGUUAUUCACAACAAAAAUUAAUGGUGUAUUACACCAUAUUGAGCAUUCAGAAGACAUGAUGUUGCUUAGAUCAUGAAAGGUCUCUUAAAUACAAAUUAAUGUUAAAUUUGUAUCGUGAAUUUCAAGAUUAGUGAGUAUCACUCUCAUUUUAGUUUUCUUUUGUGACAUUAAUAUCAUGUUAACAUAUUUUUUGUAUUAUGAAUUUGUAAUUGUUAAUCA